CGCUGUGGUUUCGGUGCCGGCAGCGGGCAGGCGGCCUAAUGAGCUCUCGGCACGCACCUCUGCGCCAGCGGCCCGCCCAGCGCCCUCGCCCCUGCUUGCCCGCGCCCCUGCCCUACGGGGACCCUGCGGCCCGCCCCAGCGUCACCCCCGGAACAUCUGGGUUUCAUCUCGGGACCCGGCUGCGGGGUCCCCGCUGGAGUCUGCGCUGGCGGAGGGCGGCUGAGAUCUGCUAGGCGGCCCUGGGGGACCUGCGGGCCUGACCAUGGGGCCCCAGAGCCGGGAAACCUGGGCCCAACGCCUGGGCACCUUCCGAGCCAGCCCAUCCGCCUUCAUGGCAGGUCCCGAGGGUGAGGAUCUGGCUCGUGACCUGCUGAGCGACCUGAGAAGUGAGAAGCUGAGCGAGCCGACUAAGGUUUCCUUGCUGGCCCUGAGCUUGGAGUACCCAACCCAGCUGUGGCCGGACGCCUCUGCGGCCGAAGCAGCCGCCAACUCCCUGUUGGAUACCCUGGUCCUUCUACCCCCGCGGCCUUCGGCUCUGCGGCGGCCCCUGUUGCUGGCUGCCACCACAGCCUUGGCGGCAGGAGGUGCGCUAGGCCCCACCUCGGGAGCCUCUCGCAGGCUUCUGCCCCUGCUGCUUGGCUUGGCCUCAGGCCGAGAUCUGGGGCGAGGUUUUAGCCCUGCUUCGGAACAGCGCCCCCUGCAGGCCACGGCGUGGGAGUGCCUACGGGAGCUGGAGAGCUGCAAGCCUGGGCUGCUAGGGGGCUGCCUGGGGCUGCUGCACAGCCUGCUGGGGCAGGAGGGCCCUGUCCAGCCUCUCAGCCUGCUGCUGGCACUUGCUCUGCGAAACGCCUUGAUGAUACAAGCCAGGGCCAGGGCCGGCCUACAGGGCCUGCUGAUGGCUGGGGACUGUCCCACUGAGGGUGCUCCGUGGAACUGGACACUAGCAGAGGCAGGUGAUGCCCACCUUCAGCCCCAGGCACCCAGUUGGCCAGCAGCUGAGGAGGGGGAGUGCGGCCUUACAGCGCUGGAGCUCAGUCCUGAGGAGGCCCGGGAGCUGCGGGCUGCCGUGGCCCAGCUUCUGGAUGCCUCCUACCUGCUCACUCCUGUGGCUCAGGCCCAGCUUCUGUGGCUGCUGGGCUGGGCCCUGCGGGGUCUUCGGGGACAGCCACCAGUGCUCUUCAAGCCACAGCUGGUACGGCUGCUGGGCACAGCACAGCUGACGCUGCUGCACGCCGUCCUGGCCCUCAAGGCGGCCUUUGGCGAGGCACUGUUCACGGCCCAGGACGAGGCCUUGCUGCUUCGCCGGCUCAUCUUGGCUGCCCAGCACCCGGCCCUGCCGCUGCCCGCCCAUCUCUUCUGCCUGCACUGUCUCUUGAGCUUCCCUGAGAACUGGCCGCUGGGCCCUGCAGGCGAGGAGGCUGCCCCACUGCUGCUGGGGUCCCAGCUAUGCCGUGGCCUCCUGCCCAGUCUCCUGCAUGACCCGAUGGCCCUCCUGGCCCGCUUGCAUCUGCUGUGCCUGCUCUGUGUGGAAGACGAAGACAAGGAGGAGCAAGGCCAGGAUCCGAGCCCCCGGCGCUACCUGGAGGAGCUACUGGCCGGCCUGCGGCAGAGGGCAGCCCUGGACGGCGGCCCCCGGGCCUUGGCCACGCUCUGCUUCCAGGCCUCUUACCUGGUUGCUCGCUGCCUGGCUGGACACCCUGUGGUGCUGACGCCCUUGACCCAUGGACUGGCCCAGCUGUACCGAGCCCGGCCUGCCCUGACUCCCCACUUUGCAGAUCUCCUGGAUCAGGUGGGCCCCGAGCUGGGGGAACCCUUGAAGGUGGUCUUGAGGCAGGAGGUGGUGUCCAGGCCAGGCAGGGAUGAGGCCCUUCGUUGGCACCUGCAGAUGCUGGCGAAGGUGGCAGACGGGGAUGCCCAGGGUGCCACGCUCAGCUUUUUGCAGGCCGCGGCCACCCACUGCACGGACUGGGGUCUCCAGCAGGCCCUGCUAAAGGUCUGCCGGGCCCUACUGCGGGCCGGGGUCGUGAGGGGCCUGGCGGACUUGCUGCAGGCGCUGGCCAGGCAGCUGGAGGACCCUGAUGGGCGGGACCACGCUCGCCUCUACUAUGUCCUCCUGGCCCACCUGGCGAGGCCCAAGCUGGGGGUGGCCCUGGGCCCCUCCCUUGCUGCACCUGCACUGGCCUCUUCGCUGGUGGCUGAGAAUCAGGGCUUUGCUAAGGCACUGAUGGUGCAGGAGGCCCCGGCCCCAAUUCGGCUAAGCCUGGGUCCCCGCAGAGCUGAGGGCCCAGUCCCAGUGCUCCAGCUCCAGGUGGAGGUGCUGGAGCCAGUGUAUUCUCUGGAGCUGCGCUUCAGUGUGGAAAGACAGCUCUAUGCACCCCUGGGGGCUGUCCACGUGCCCUGCCUGUGUCCCAGCCGCCCUGCCCGCCCUCUGCUCCUGCCUCUGCAGCCCCGACGCUCGGCUCCCGCGAGGCUGGCUGUGCGCGCCCUGUACACCACACCCGCGGGCCUCACGUGCCACGCUCACCUGCCUCCCCUGCUCGUGAGCUUCGCUGACCUCUUUCUCCCUUUCCCCCAGCCCCCCGAGGGGGCCAAGGAGGACUUCUUUGAGGAGCUCUGGGACUCCUGCCUGCCGAAGGGCGCCGAGAGUCACUUGUGGUGCCCUCUCGGGCCGCAUGGGCUGGAGGCCUUGGUGUCCCGCCACCUGGAACCCUUUGUGGUGGUGGCCCAACCCCCCACCAGCUACUGUGUCGCCAUCCAUCUCCCCCCGAACUCAAAGUUGCUGCUGCGGCUGGAGGCAGCCCAGGCGGACGGUGUGCCUGUGGCCCUGCGGACAGAUGACUGGGCAGUGCUGCCGCUGGUGGGGGACUACCUCCGUGGGCUGGCAGCUGCUGGCUGAGCCUGGGGCCAGGCCAGGUGGGAGCAGGACUCCGGCCGUGGCAGGCGCUUGCCUGGGGAGAGCUGCUGAGCCAGGAGACCGUCCCGUAGGCCUGUUCUUUAAAAAAACCUACACUUUGCUAACGA